UUGCACGCCGGAGGUGAUUAGAGAACGCUCAACUAUCCUAGAGACGCAGCUUUGGACACUCCCUGCGGCCGGAGGACCCUGAGCUCUAAGUCCAUCCAGAGCUCCAUUGAAAGUGCACCUAGAGCCACGUCCAUGCUCCUAUAUUACUACACGCGCUAGUUCGCAGAGCGGGGAAGGACUUGGAGCCACUCGGACGUGGGGAAUCCUCUUCAGAGUUGUACUUUUUGUCCGAAGAUUGGAUUUUGGAAGAGAGGAAGCAACUGUUGAGUUUCGGAGGGAGGACACCGGCAGCCAAAAUGGAGGUGAAAACUAAAUCACUUCUGGACAACAUGAUUGGGGUCGGUGACAUGGUCCUCCUGGAACCCUUGUCUGAAGACUCCUUCAUUGAGAACCUGAGGAAACGUUUUGACCACAAUGAGAUAUAUACAUAUAUUGGGAGUGUGGUGAUCUCCGUGAACCCCUACAAGUCGAUGCUGAUCUACACCCCAGAAAAAGUGGAGGAGUAUCGCAACAGAAACUUCUAUGAACUUAGUCCACACAUUUAUGCUUUGGCAGACGAGGCCUACCGGUCACUCAGAGACCAAGACAAGGAUCAGUGCAUUCUUAUUACAGGGGAGAGUGGAGCUGGGAAAACCGAGGCCAGUAAGCUGGUGAUGUCAUAUGUGGCGGCGGUGUGUGGGAAGGGCCAGGAAGUGAAUAAGGUCAAAGAACAGCUACUGCAGUCCAAUCCUGUGUUGGAAGCUUUCGGAAACGCCAAGACAGUGAGGAAUGACAACUCCUCUAGAUUUGGAAAGUAUAUGGACAUUGAGUUUGACUUCAAAGGAGAUCCACUGGGUGGAGUCAUCAGCAACUAUCUGCUGGAGAAGUCCCGUGUGGUGAAACAGCCGAGAGGAGAGAGGAACUUCCACAUCUUUUAUCAGCUCUUGUCUGGCGCUUCUGAUGAUACACUCAAGAAACUGAAGCUGGACCGGGACUUCAGCAAGUACAACUACUUAAGCCUUGACUCUGCUGUAGUCAAUGGACUGGAUGACGCUGCCAACUUUAGGACAGUCAGGAACGCAAUGCAGAUUGUGGGCUUUAUGGAGGAUGAGGUACAGUCAGUGCUCGAGCUGGUUGCAGCUGUCUUGAAACUCGGCAACAUCGAGUUCAAGCCAGAGUCGCGCUGUAACGGCACAGAUGAAAGCCGUGUCAAAGAUAAAAACGAUCUAAAAGAGAUGUGUGAGCUGCUGGGGAUUGAACAGUCUGUGCUGGAAAGGGCAUUCAGCUACCGUACUGUUGAGGCAAAGAUGGAGAAAGUGUCCACUACCCUGAAUGUGGCCCAGGCCUAUUAUGCUCGUGAUGCCCUUGCCAAAAAUCUCUACAGCCGUCUGUUUAGCUGGAUUGUUACUAGGAUCAAUGAAAGCAUAAAGGCACAAGCUAAAACCCGCCACAAGGUCAUGGGUGUGUUGGACAUCUAUGGCUUCGAGAUAUUUGAGGACAACAGCUUUGAGCAGUUCAUCAUCAACUAUUGCAAUGAGAAGCUGCAGCAGAUCUUCAUUGAGCUGACCUUGCGUGAAGAGCAGGAGGAGUACAUCAGAGAGGGUAUUGAGUGGACCAACAUUGAAUAUUUCAACAAUGCCAUUAUCUGUGACCUCAUUGAGAACCACCAAAAUGGUAUUUUGGCAAUGUUGGAUGAGGAGUGCUUGCGUCCAGGAACGGUGACAGAUGAGACCUUCCUUGACAAACUCAACACUGUCUGUGCUGAGCACCAGCACUUUGAGAGUCGUCUCAACAAGAAUUCAAAGUUCCUCAAUGACCACAGCUUGCCUCACUGUUGCUUCCGCAUUCAGCACUAUGCUGGCAAGGUGCUGUACCGUGUUGAAGGCUUUGUGGACAAGAACAAUGAUCUACUAUAUCGGGACCUGUCCCAAGCUAUGUAUAAGGCCAAUCACACUUUGAUCAAACAUCUGUUCCCUGAGGGAAACCCAGCCAAAGUCAACCUUAAAAGGCCGCCAACUGCUGGCUUCCAGUUCAAAGCAUCAGUGGGAACAUUAAUGAGGAACCUGCAGACCAAGAACCCAAACUACAUCCGGUGCAUCAAACCAAAUGACAAGAAGGCACCACACAUCUUUACCGAGUCACUGGUUUGUCAUCAAGUGCGCUACUUGGGCCUGAUGGAGAAUGUCCGUGUGAGAAGAGCGGGGUAUGCCUUCCGCCAGGCAUAUGAGCCCUGCCUGGAGCGCUACAAAAUGCUCUGCAAACGGACCUGGCCACAUUGGAGAGGCCCUGCGAGAGAGGGAGUGGAGGUGCUGAUGUCGGACCUUCAGGUUCCUGCUGAAGAGUUCUCCUAUGGCCGCUCUAAAAUCUUCAUCAGGAAUCCAAGAACGCUCUUCUUCUUGGAGGAAAGAAGAAGGCAAUGCCUGCAAGACCUCGCCACGCUGAUUCAAAAAAUCUACCGUGGCUGGAAAUGCCGCACUCACUUCUUAUUGAUGAAAAAGAGUCAGAUUGUGGUGGCAGCGUGGUACCGUCGCUAUGCACAACAAAAGAAAUACCAGAAGAUCAAGAGUGCCACCACUGUGGUGCAGUCUUACACCAGAGGAUGGCAGGCUCGCAAGCUACUGAGAGAGCUGAAACAUCAGAAGAGGUGUGAAGAGGCGGCAACCACCAUUGCGGCAUACUGGCAUGGUACUCAGGCUCGGAUGGAGCUCAGACGUCUAAAACAAGAAGUGCGGAAUAAACAUGCUGUGACAGUAAUUUGGGCAUACUGGCAGGGAACCAAGGCACGAAGGGAGUUGCGUCAGCUGAAGGAAGAGGCGAGGAAUAAACAUGCUGUGUCGGUCAUUUGGGCCGGCUGGCAGGGCACCAAGGCUCGCAGGGAGCUGAGGAGACUGAAGGAAGAGGCCAAGCGUAAGCAUGCUGUCGCUGUGAUUUGGGCCUACUGGAAGGGACUCAAGGUCCGCAGAGAAUACAGAAAAUUCUUCAGGGCAAAUGCAGGAAAAAAGAUAUAUGACUUCACCAUCCAGAGAAUUAUGCAAAAAUACUUCCAGGGUCUGAAGAAGACCUUGCCCUCCAUGUCACCCAUUGACAAGAACUGGCCUGCUCGACCGUACAUCUUCCUUGAUGGAGUUCACAUGGAACUUCGGAGAAUCUUCCAUCUAUGGAGGUGCAAGAAAUACAGGAGUCAAUUCACAGACGAGAAAAAGGCUGUGUAUGAAGAGAAGCUGGAGGCAAGUGAGCUUUUCAAGGAUAAGAAGGCCCUGUACGCAAGCAGCGUGAGCCAGCCCUUCAAAGGAGACUACUUGGAGAUCAGCAAGAACCCCAAGUAUCAGAAACUCAAUAGUUCUGUUGAUGAAAAGGUUCUGCUAGCUGAUGUGGUCAACAAGAUUAACAGGGCCAAUGGCAAAGGUACAACUCGCAUCCUCCUGCUGACAAAGAAGAACGUGGUCCUGGCUGACCAGAAGACAGGCCAAGUGAAGGCCAAUGUUGCACUGCCCGACCUCACCAGUGUUUCUGUCAGCACACAGAACGAUGGAUUCUUUGCACUCAGACUUAAAGAGGGCUCGGCAUCAGCCGUUAAAGGAGACUUCCUACUUAGCAGCGAGCACCUGAUUGAGACCAUUACCAAACUCCACCACAUCGGCUCCACCGCCUCAGAUGGGGAGCAGCUGAACGUUGACAUUUCAGAUGAGUUUCUAGUACAGUUCAAGCACGACAAAGUGUGUGUGAAGUUCAUCCAGGGUGCCUCCAAGAACGGCAACAGUGUGUCCUGCAAACGCAAAAACAACCGCCUACUGGAGGUGUCAGUGCCUGCAUCAGCAUAGUGAAAUCCCCAUCUCCGCUUCCUCAGAGUUGUCCUGGAGUAAUCAGAUUGUGGUGAAUUAAGGACUAAAGCAGGGACCAUCACCCCACCAAAUAUUUGGCUUGUUAGGUUUUUCUUCUCUUUAGUUAAGUACUAUGGCACCAAUAUAGUUAUCAUUUUUGGGGUAAAGAAAGCCCUUCAUCGGGUUGCAUGCCACAGAAAGAAAGCGUUUCAAUGCCGUCGCUGUAAAACCAGGGUAGGAGACCCGAAGAUAACAAAAUAAUUGGAGGUUUGUGAUACUGGUGGUGGUAAUUGUUCUGCCUUGAUGUUUGUAUGAUCAGGCACAAACUUCACUGGCCUUCACUCGUCCACUUUUAAGACGGCUUAAAAUGGAAGAUGAAGUUGGGGGAGCUGUGGGGUGUAGCCUGUUAGCAUUAAGAACUUUAGACACUGCACUUGCUUUUACACCUUGGUAUAACCCAAUGAGGUUAAAAAUAGAAUUUGAUUGUAAGCUGUUAUUUUCUCUGAAUGCGGGGAUAAGAAAAAAAGCACAGUAGGCUGUUGAAUUUUGUGAGAUUAUUGUAAAACCACUUGUUUUUUUAUCUAUAAUUCCUAUGUGCCAUUGAAAAGGGCCAAUGACUUGUCAUGUCUCGGUGUACAAAUACAAAUGCAGAUGAAUCAUAUUUCCGAUUAUUAACAAUAAAUGCCAAAAAUGUGUUGAAAUAGGGACCAUGUCAGCAUGUGACACUGCACACGUGAUCAAUAUCUUUUUCUACAUGCCAAUGUGAUCCAUGCCAAUCUUGAUUUAAUCUGAUUAGAGAUUAAACCAAUCUCAAAUGCGUUGGCUUUCCACAUUGCUGAUAAGUAGAACGUCAGAUUUAACUGAGCAAUACAGUUUUUCUGAUUUGGAAAUGGCCAACCACAACACUUGUCAAAGAUUUUAAGUUUCUCUACUACAUUUUUCCUUAUACUUAUGUGUGCAAUAAAUGAGACAUUUGCUGUCUAGUUUCCUUUGCAGCUAAACAGUACAGCACACCCACGGGCAUGGCCUUAAGCAGUAGAUGGGCUCCAAGCUGUGGCCUUUGCAUGGACGAAGUGUCUAUCCUUGGUAUCCUUGUUUUAAACAGCGUUUAUGAGGUGUCUGCAGCUUGAGCGAGUGUCGUGCUUGACCUUGACGUGUUUUUGCUGAGAAUAACCAAACGCUGUAAGUACAAAUGACCAUAAGUUUUUUUUGUGUUUGUUUCUUUAUCAGGUUGACUUUUGGGGGAAUUUCAUAUUCAACAAGGGAGCAUACAUUUUCAGUAAGACUAAUGACUUAAUAUUUAGAUUUGCUGAUUGGGAAUAUUGUACUUAUUGUGUAACGCUCAUUGCCUGUUUUAAGGGACAAAUAAUUAGUUUGACAAACGUUAGAGUACCUUGGUCUGUGGUGUGUAUUUUUUCAUGUCACCAAUGACACUAGGAUGACUGCUAAUGGCAGUUUUGACAUACAUGUUCCUUUUGGCUGUGCAGUUUAAAUGCAGUUUGGCUUCCUCCCUUGUGUCCUGUGGCUAGAGCUGCAUUCUUGUGUGCCUAACGUAAAAACCUUUUUCGAGACAGAACAUGGAAAUGUUUCAAUGUAACAUACACAGGUAAUCUUUUUUUAAAUUAAAUAAAGCUCAAUAAUGAACACAUGUUAUUAAUUAUUUUACUAUGCUGUUAUGUCACAAGUGUCUGUAUAAUUUUAUCACCCAUGCGUAUGAUGGAUGCAAACGCUUCUGGAUUAAAAGCUUUGUGCAGAGUACAGUAUUCUGUGCAUGCAGCUGUCUAAUGAGCCAUAAGCAUCAGAUUGUUACUUCUCGCAUUCCUGAGGAGGCCCUUUGGUUUUUAUUUAUCAGCAAUGUCAACAAGUGUGUUGGCUGGGGCUGAAAACUCUUAUGGUGGUAAGCAACAUUAGGGGCUGGACAACCAGGCCUUGUAGUCGAGCAGCAAGCCAGAUGUUUUCCAUCACAUCUGGGGCGAGUUGUCCCGGGUUAAAUUCCGUGGCUUGCGGAGGGCUGACGGCAACAGGUCUCGAGGGAACAGCCCUCAGAUUUGAGACCGGAAUGGUAAAAAUAGCAGAGACCAGAAAGUGGUUCCCACAACUCAGGAGGCUGGGAAAGGAAGGAGGAGACCCAGCCUCCCCAUGGAUGGUUAGAUCUCAGUGGGAGUUGACGGGGACAGUCUCUCUACAAUCCAAACUUCUGCUAAGUAGCAACACACAAAAACUACAGUAUUUCCUUAAGGCUUUCUAUAAGGCCAAAAGUCAAGGUUAAAAAAUUUUAGUUACACUCACACAACGUACUAUGGCAGCAUCCUGUGGCCAUGAAGCAACAUUACAAUGAAACGACCCUAAAAAUGCAAUGUGUCUGUUCCUACACUGCACUGUAAGUUUUGUUGUAAGUCAGAUCCUAUACCUAAUUGGACACCCAAGUCACUUACAUUGUACACAGAACACAAGGGGCUUAAAAAUACAGAAAGAAAAAUCAAAUACAAGAAUGAAAUAAAAAUAUGUUGGCUAUAUCCUGAAUCGGCAUAAGGUUCACUGUGCUGCUUUGUUUUUCCCACCACUUUCAUAGGAGAAGAUGCUUUCACAUGCUCAAGUAUACAAUCUUUAUCCUUAACAAUGGUUGCGACAGUCAAACGGUUAAGACAAAAAGUGUGCCCAGUAUUGGUAAGUGUUUCUCCCCUCUGGAUUUUCUUUUUAAUGUUUUUUUUUUUUCAACUUCCAUAGUGAAGGCUUUUUAUCCUUGGUUUAUUUUGUUGUAGAACCUGCCAAAGUUACCAUAUCUAUUGUGUAUAUGUAGUACUGUAUGCUGUACACAUACUGUAAUCCCUUGUUUAUUGCAGUUAAUGGGCUCCAGACCAAGCCAUCA